ACGCAAUCUGCUGCGCGACAUUGUCCCCAACUUAGAAGAGUGGCACGUGCUCACCAAGAAGUCACUGAUGACAUACCACACUCUCAAUAAAUUCACCACGGACAUGUCGUCGGCGUUGGUGGGCGAGGCCUGGAUACCUGUUGAAAAAUUAGGUGAAGUCCAUUCGGCACUGCAUCGCGUGGUGGAGCGAAAGGGUAGUGGUGUGCCCGCCAUUGUCAAGCGACUGCAGACCAACCAGCCCCCGCCCACGUGGGUGCUAACCAACAAGUUCACCUACGCCUAUCAGGUGAUCAUGGAUGCGUAUGGUGUGCCCACAUACGGUGAGCAGAAUCCUGCGUUGUGGUGUCUGAUCACCUUCCCGUUCCUCUUUGCUGUGAUGUUUGGUGAUGUGGGCCAUGGCAUAAUCAUGGCACUGAUAGGCGCAGCCAUGAUCUACAAAGAGAAGUCCAUCAUCGCCUCAAAGAGCGACAACGAAAUGUGGAUGACGCUGUUCCAG